AUGGCAAAGGAAAAUGUCCUUCACAUGAAGGGUGGUGUGGGAGAAACAAGCUAUGCAACUAACUCCUCACUUCAGAAUUCUUCAGCUGGAGAAAUUAAGAAUUUUGUGCAGAAUAUGGAUGGUAAUUUUUCUCCAAGCCCUGAUGUCUUUAGGGCGCCAGAAAAUUUGCUCAAGAAUGGGGAACCACUCAAUAAAGAAAAUAUUUACAUAUCAAAAACAAGUCCUCCAUCUGUUUAUGAAGUAUAUUUAAAGCAAUUUGAAAGUGAUUUUAAGAAUUUUCUAAAGUUACGUUCAAUGGAAUUAGCAGUCGAUGGUAUGAUGGCACUAACAAUUAUGGGAAGAGAAAUUGAUAAAAUUAUUUCUGUUGAAGGGGUAAUUGGCAUGGUACUCAAUCAGAUGGUCCAAGAGGAAUUGGUUGAAAAGGAAAAAUUGGAUAUGUUUGACGUUCCUGCAUACCAUCCCAGAGAAGAUGAGGUAAGACAAGUCAUUAAGGAAGAAGGAUCUUUUACCCUUCAUACAAUGAAGACUUUUAAAAUGGGUUGGGAUGCAAACCUUCAGAAAGAUAUUGUUGUUAAUAAAAAAGUGAGAGGGGAAUUCGUAGCCAAGUACCUCAGAGCUGUUUUUGAACCUCUUUUGAUAGCCAGAUUUGGUGAAAAUAUCAUGGAUGAUUUAUUCAUGAGGGUGGAAAAGUUCGUGGCCGAACUAUUUGAGUUAGAGACAUUAGAAUUUACCAAUAUUAUAUUGUUCUUAACUAGAGAUCAUUGA